UUGAACAAAGUGACCAAAGGCUUUGUUUUACAUGUCAUGAAUUGUGAAAAUAUGAGGUGUGCAACCAGAAUUGUCUUUGUCUUCUUCUUUUCUUUUUCCAUUUCUCAAGAUGAUGAUCAGUGUCCUGAAGUGGGCUUCUGUUCUCUUAAAACGUGCUACACAAUACACCAGGGAGUUGCUGAUUUUCACACAGCAAAAGCCACUUGCAGCCAUCGAGGGGGCCACCUGAUGACAGUGCGAUCGACGGUGCACAGCGACAUCUUUUCAAUCCUAACGGAGAAACUGAAGGGUCGCUUCUGGAUUGUUCUGGAGCUGCCCGCUGAACGCUGUGGUGACCCUUCAAAAGCACUAUGUGGGUGCCAGUGGGUAACUGGAGAAGAAGCUACAGACUAUACGCAGUGGAGAGCACAGGACUCAAGUGAAUGUGGUUGGCGGUGUGUCUCCGUCUCCAAAGAUCAGCUAUGGGAAGAAAGUUUAAGUCUGGAGGCGGCCGAUGGGUUCCUCUGUGAGUACAACUUUAAUGAAACCUGCCGAGCCCCUGAGAUGGAGGGAUUCUCCCUUACCUACCACACACCUUUAGGUUUUCAGAUGACAGACACAGCUCAACUGCCACCUGGCAUGACAGCAAUCACGUCACCCACUGGAUACCAGUUGUACUGUGACAUCAAUGGAUGGAAAACAAGUCCCUGCGACAGCCAACAUGAAAACAGCGGAUGCAGCCACAUUUGUGAAAUGGAGGGAAGUGAAUCGAAGUGCGUGUGCCCUGAAGGACUACAGUUAGAGGGGAGCCAGGUGACCUGUGAGACGCCCGAUCCAUGCAGGGACCAUCCUUGUGAGCACCUGUGUGUCUCCCGGCUGCAGAGCUACACUUGCUUGUGCAGAGAAGGUUAUCUUCUGGAUGAAGAUGGAUUGGGGUGUAGAGACCAGGAUGAGUGUCUGGUGCAAUCGAUCUGCGCUCCUGGUCAGGUGUGCGUCAACAUGCCGGGCAGUUUCCGAUGCACAUGCCUGCGGGGAUUUGUGAUGGUCAGCGGUGAGUGUGAAGACCCAAAUCGAGCACAAAUCUCCUCCUUGUGAGCACCAGUGCCCUAAUUUAAUAAGGCGUGACAACUGCUUCUGCUCUGAGAGGUUCGAGGAAAGUCAUCAAGAGUCUCAUUAAAGUGUGCAACACCCAGAAACACCUGGUGGAUCUCAAUCCACACACUCUGGAACUGCCCAGAUGGACUUGUAAUUGAAACCGAGAAAGAGAGCAUGUCUUCAUAUCAACCUUCUGCAGGCUACAGUCUUACAAAACCAAUGGAGGUCUCAUAGGCGGCUGUUGUGAUGAUGGCUACAGCCUCAGCUCUAAAGGCUUUUCCUGUACACCAUCUAAUCAUGAAAACGACGAUGGAUCGCUCCCUGCUACUGCACAUCCAAGUGUUAGAAAUGUCACAGCCACUCGGGAGAUGUUUCUGUCAGCGAGCUCCCUGCUGGAAAUGCUGCGUGGCUCUUUUCCUUGGAUCGGUGGACCUAAUCAAUAAACGACCAAAAGAUGAGGAUGGAAGACCAGCCAUUUUUUUAGGAUGGGAACAAUCCACUGCAUUGGGAGUUGGGAAUGAUGGAUCAACUAUCUGAACAAAUUUCAUUUCCAGGCAGGAAUGUGUAUCACAUUAUGUGUGUCAGGCUGCAGUUAAUGUGGUUGGACGCCAUCUCCUGAAGGUUUGUGUUGUUGUGGUCUAUCAGGAAGGCUGGCAGUAAAAACCAGCAGGUUUGUCUCCAGUUUUCCAUUUUAGUUUACACGUUAUACUUUUUGUGGUGGGCUGGCGUCCUGCCCGGGGUUUGUUUCCUGCCUUGCGCCCUGUGUUGGCUGGGAUUGGCUCCAGCAGACCCCCUUGACCCUGUAGUUAGGAUAUAGCGGGUUGGAUGAUGGAUGGAAGGACGUUAUACUUUUUGUAAUUUGGUAGUGUUUGAACACUAAACCAGAGCACACUCUGUUGGUCUUAAAGUCUGAAUUAGAAUGAGCCGCGCUGAUUCAGGAUGCUCUUGAGACAAGUAAGGAUUUACUUCAGGAGGGACGAGUACAAGCAAGAACUGUUGUGCCAGGUAUUUGAAAUAUUCAAAUAAAGGAAAGAAGCGGCUCUCUUUGAGUAUUUCCUUCCCUUCAAGCUUUAGGAGUGCCACUGCUGCUCUGCAAGUGGGGUCUGGGGCAGGAAAGGGGGAUUCUAUAAGCCCCCCACCUAAAGGCACUGGCUAGACAGGAUGGCAGGUGUGAUUGGUCAGAAGCAUGGCUGUUUAUGAUUGGUCCGUUUGGUACUACGCCACCCCAUUGGUUCAGAAUUUGUGAUAAGAAUGGUAAAGCUGGUCUUUUUCCUUCUCUCUCUCCAUCUCUCUUGCAAUUUCUCCACAAUGAAGACUGCUCUCUCUCUCUGGGCAGCCAUUUUGAGACAGUCAUGCAGCCUGAUUCAAUACUCCACUCAAAGGCCGGGGGGGUAACAAAGACCAAGCCGGACCGGACUUGAGAUGGGAGGCUGCCUGUGGAUGGCAGAUGCACUUGGGCUCUAUUUGUGUUUUCGUCUCACUCAAUUACGUUGUACAUAAUUUGGGCACAUUCCCAAGUCCCAAAGAAUUCCAAAAGCACUUCUAAAAAUGCCCACUCGUGGGAGAAAUCCUGUCAAAAACCCAGAUUAGACACCAAAAGGACCUCAUCGAAUCUUUAUAAAAGUAAAAGGUUUAUUCUUAAAGGAAAAAAUGUUCUCCAAUAACAAUGGCACUCCAUGGAGCGCAAAGACAAAAUGGAACUUCCUGCAACAGAAAGGCAAUCCAAAUCCAACAAGUCUCAAUACAAAUUCCAAUAGGAAGAUCAAAAUACAGAGCAGAAGGUUGAAAAACAAAAAUUCACAGCAAAAGACGCCAGAAACGCAUCAACUCCAGAGAGCAUUCACUAUGAACCACCAGGAACUGUGGGAGACCCUCUGGAUUUAUAGGAGGGCAUAUAGUACAUUAAAAAGAUUUAGAGGAUAACGGACCAUUCAGCCCAACAAAUCCCAGCAGUCCUAUCCAAGAUAACAUCAAGUCGUGUUUUGAUGAUCCCUAAACUGCUGCUGACCACCACGUUACUUGCUCACUUAUUCCAUGUGUCUGGGGUGCUUUUCAAAGUCACAGUCUCCAUCCACUGGACUGAUACUCUUCAUAAUCCUGCUGCUCACCUCAUUACUUGUGAAUUUCACCUUGGGAUUAAUAAAGUA